AUGUCCCCUGAUGUGAAGCAGCUGCCGAAGAACUUGCUGAGCAAUUGCGCGAUGCAGCUCACCGCCGUCCUGAGGGACCCCAAGAACCAGCAGGAGGCGGCCGCGCGCGCGGCCGACCUCGAGGUCAUCGCGAAGGAUUGGCCCAUCAUGAACAUGUUGAAGCUGCAAACGCCAGGUGGGAAGUCUGCCUCGAAGCAGGCGAAGACACAACAGGGCCGGGUGGACUUCCAGCAGAUCAAGGAAGCCAUGGUCACACCCAAGGUGAGCCUGUCCACGAAGACGGCAGAAGCGUCCGCGAGGACUUCGAAGCCGGUCAGAGGGACCUGGCAGCAGGUUCGUGGGCGCUGGCACCUCUCGGUGCAGGUUCCGCAGCUGCAGGAUGUGUCCACGGCCACGUUGGAGGUCAGCGAAGCCGAUGUGCGGCUCAGCCAGCGCCCCAUCGAUGGCUCGGUCUCGCUCCCGGGGGAGAGAAGAGGCGAGUUGGAAAGCCCAGAGGGCGCGGUGACGUCGAGCCCGUCGAAGACGAGGGAGGAUCUUCCAGAAAGUGACAUGGUGCAGAUUUCUUUGGGUGUGUGCUGGUGUCCCAGCGACGGUCCGCACGUCAAGUGGGCCAGGGUGGUGGCGGCGCUUCAGAAAGGCGUCUUUGAGGCGCUCCUGGUGUCGCCAGAUGACAACAAGGGCAAGGUGUGCGCUUUGGCCAUGGUGGAAGCGGCCAAGGACGGGAUGAUCAGCAUCGGCGAUCCCGUCACGGUGAUGGGCGCGCCACUGUAGAUGAGUCGGACCUCAUGAGGAGCUCAACCCACGAAAGGAUCGAACGCCAAGGUCCAUCCUUGGAAUCUGGAAGUCGUUUCGGUGUCCCAAAGCUGACGGACGAAUCUUGUG